AUGUCAUGUAAGAGACAAGCUUACAGGAGGUUACGACCAGGGCAGAUGGCAAAGACAAACAGGAAAUAUACAAUCAUGAAAGGGUACUCUUGGUUGAGAGGGACUUUGGAUACUUGCCAAUGGGGAAGAUGGGUUUGGAAUGUGCAAAAUGUUACAAAGUAUAGCUUCAUUUGCUGGCUAAUGAUGCAAGGGAAGCUGCUAACUAAGGAUAAACUAACCAACAGAGGGAUCAGUUCAGAUGGCCUAUGUGUAUUGUGUGGAAAUGCCCCAGAAUCAAUAGAGCACUUGUCCUAUGAGUGUCACUUCUUUAAGCUGUGUAUCAAUGAAGUUCUGCAAUUGCUUAAAAUAAGCAUAACAAACUAUGAAGGGCGGCAUCUAUGGAAAAGAAUUGGCAGGAAGAUGGGGAGCAAAUUUAGAAAGGAGUUCUCCUAUGCUAUACUGGUUGCAUUGAGCUAUCACAUAUGGAGGGGGAGAAAUGAAGCUUUAUGGAAAUGUGUUGUGCCUAGGCCUAGCAAGAUAUGUGCCCAGAUAAAAAAGGAAUGCAAAGUUCGUGUGAUGGAAAUUAUCAACAAAAUAAAGCGGGACAAGGAUAGAAGAUGGAUAGAAGAAGUAUAUAGCUAA